AGAGGGGCAGUGUGCUGGGCUGAGCGCUCAGCUCCCCCCUGGGAGCCCACUUGCCCGCAAGGGUCUCAGCUACCCGCUCUUGGCUAGGAACGGAGGGCAGCCUCCCCGGGCUUCUUGGCUCCCUAAGUGGGGAGCCUCCAGGCAGCAGCCAGGUUGGGAGCAGGGAGCCAGGGUUUCUUGUCAAUUUCAUAGCUCCAGCAUGGAGCUGUGAACUAGACAAGACAGCCAACUCUGGAUGUAGUAAAACACUGUGUACAUAGACACUGCCUCCUCCUAAGUACACUGACAUAAGCCCUACUUCUCUGGUGAAGGUGGAGUUACUAUGUGGGUGUAGUAGGGCACUUACAUCAAGGGGACAAGGCUGUUGUGUAUACACUGACAUAAUUAGGUAAACAUAAACUGCCUUUCAAGGACUUAAUUGUGUAGGGCAAACCAGGCCUCAGAAUCUGCUGGUUGAGCCAUGCAGAGGUUCUCCCAGUUACCACCUUGUCCACUGAGUCUCAGCUGGGAUAUCUAACAUUACACUCUCAGUUGAUACUUUGUCCCCUUAGCCAGGAAAAAAAAGCUACAAUUCUUGAACCUACAAUUCUAGGUUCUGGCAUAGUUAUAUAUUUGCAACAUGACUGAUCAUAGUCAGCCCACACCAGUUACUGUAAAAUACCUUUACUAUUGUGUAACGCUCUUCACUGGGAGACCAAUACCACUUGAUAGUUGAUUUCUCUGUAAAGUUUCCCUGAGUCAUUAAUUUCCCACUUCAAAAUUGGCCAUGACAAAUUUCCAACCAGCAUCAUACUGAGCUUACAUAUAGAAGCCAAAGACAAAACCUGUCCUUCUCUGGGGCACUCCACAGCCCAUGUAACUCAUGACUUGGCCCUAUGCCCGUUGUUGUCAGACAUCACCGGUGUGGUGCUCUGUUCAAUGUUGAUAACAGUCGGCUGCAUGUGUGUGUUCUCCCUGUGUGCUAUCCCAGCUCUGCGCAGAUAGCUGGCACAGCAGAUCUCGAGCAAACUGCCCAAUGACCACAGACUCUAAUAAGGUACGAAGGCACCCAGCCAGGUUUAUUGCCAAAUGAAACACAGUUUCUAGCUCCCCGGAUCAGAUGUCUACAGUUCUGCUAGUACGUAUGUGGUCCCUGACAAUGGACCGGCUCAGUCAGUGGCGGGAUUUGCCACUGCCCCUUAGGCCAGACAAAGACAUCCACUCAGGGAUGCAUUCUUAUACACAGGUACAAACCUGGUUACGCAUCACUGAACUCACUCAGGUACAGCCCCUCUAUGCAUUAGGGUGUUGCCAUUCUCCUGGUACAGGUUGGUUCGAACAAAUAAGUCCAUCCAUCGUAUUGUCUAUCCAUCAUAUUGUCCUGUCUUUAAGCUGGGUCUGCCUGUUCCUUGUUGUCUGUGUGGGAUGUGUUUGUACCAAGCUGUUCUGGUGCCGUCCUGGCUCACGUUCAUCUUAUUAGUGCUUACAUGUGUAUAUGUGCUUUUAGCAGCCUUCCUCUUGCCAACUUCUGUGAGCAGGGCCUGCCUCUGGCCCACAGCCUAGCUCUGCUUUAUGUUAGCAACGUCUUGACCAUUACUUCAGUUCAGGCCUCAUACCGGGCCUCUGAUACCAAGGGUUUUAUGUCUCAGGGCCUCAUCUUACUACACCCGUCUCCAAAAGCAGGACCAGAGGGAAAGGCAACAGAUCACCGUCAGACUGCAACUCCAAACUUUUCAGCAUUGGUAAACAAGUCAGUUGUGGGGAAGGAUUUGUGCCUCUAUUUCCAAGAAAACUCUAGGGAAGUCCUAGCCUGAAACAGAUUCCCCACCAGGAAUUCUUCCUGCCACACCUCACGGAGGAGUUCAACACCUGUACCACCCGAAAAUAAGAGAGAAAAAGGAAAGGUGCCUGAACUGAAGAUUGUAUAGCCACCACUGAUGUUCUCAAUAAUCAGAAACAGUAUUUUAUAGAAAUAAAAUGAGAAUUAUCUUUGCUUCCACCAUAGCUUUACAAAGUUGAUAUGCUUUACAUACCGUUUUCAAGGGUGAUCAAAUGUACCAUGGUGGAUGGACAGGAUGUUAGAACUGGUAUGGAUUAGGGAGGCACUGCUAUAGAAGAGCUGAGCGUGCCCCCAUGCAGGCUGGCACUGAUGGUAGCAUGCUGAGGGAGCCGAGAAAGCUGGAUUGAUACAGACAGGGCACUUGCUGUGAAGAAGGUCACAUAAUCACCAUAAGAUGUUCAUUUCACUGUUUCAGAGGCUAGGAGAAAUCUGUUCAGAUUAGCUAGAGAUAGCAUCUGUAUAUUAAGAGAUGAGCCUGAACUCAUAAGUAUGUGGAUGUUUUGCUCAAUCCAUUUAUACACACAGAGGCCAGUUACCCAGUUGAGAUCCAGAUCCAAAGUCCAGAAAUUAUUAGAUUUUGGGGGGUUGGUUUAGGCCCAUUUCUAUUUUAAAUACGUCCUUCAGCCAUGCCAGGUUAAUACUGAUGAGUUUUUGCCCAAGAUCCAUCAUCAGUUUGCCCACACACCACACAACUGAUGGGUGAGGCAGAGAAUAGAGAAUACUUCAGCUGCAAAGUGUAAGUAAACAUUGGCUGUUCAUUCUGUUUGCUUCUUCAACACUCCAGAGCAAGAGAUGGUAUCACUGGAUUAGGACUUUGGAAGAGGAUAAGAAAGGCAUGGCAGGUGGUAGGAUGGUUUUGCCUCCUAGAGGAAUUCUCCACUUUCAACUUCAGAAGAAAACGGGCUUUGUAGGGGCAGAAUCUGAUCCAAUAUUCACUGAAAGAACUGGAGUUUUUAACACCUUCAACUUCAGUAUUGGGACUUCUACAUUGUCAUCUUGUUUUGUCAUGGCUAUACAUCUAUCUGCAUUUUCCUUUUCACUCUUCCACCACCAAGCCCUGUGAUACACAACAUAGAGCAGUUUCCAUGUUCUUUGGAGACCGCAAUAAAAAACUGAAGUUCAUACAAAUGACCCCUCCUGGCAGUAGGAAGUAGAAGGGCAAACAUCUUGUACAUUUCUAGACAUGUAGGGAAUAAAGGCUACUUUUACUUUAAGAGAGAUAUGACAUCAUAAUGGCCUACAGGUUGUGAUGCCAGAUGCUUUUGACAUCACAAAGAAACUCUUAGCAACUGUUUAAGCAUACACAUGACCAUUUCGUGAUGGAGAUAGAUCUCCCUUGAUUGGCAAAGGAAGAGCAGUGUCUGCUGAACCCUCUUGAUUCCUCAGCUUGAACGCGUCAGAGUCAGCUCAAACAAACUCUCAGUUCAAAAUCUCCAGGAUUUGCUUGAAAGCUCCCAGUCCUGAAGCCCAGAAGGCAAGCAAAGAGGUAACAAGUUGGCUGAGAGCAUUUCAGAAGCAUUCUGACAACCAAAGCAGGAUGGGUGACUGGAAAAGCUACAUCAAUACCAUUCUAAAGGAUAAGAACAUUGAAGAUGUAGCUAUCGUGGGGCACAGUGACAACAAAUCAGUAUGGGCUUCCAAGCCAGGGGGCCUACUGGCUGCUAUCUCACCUCAGGAAGUGGGGGUGAUCAUAGGCCAUGACAGGAAGGGGUUCCUGCAGACAGGGAUUACCAUAGCUGGCAAGAAGUGCAGUGUGAUCCGUGACUACUUGCUUGUGGAAAAAGAUGCUGUGAUGGACACCAGAACCAAGGAGGGUGACAGCAAGUCCAUCUGUAUUGGCAAGACCCCCAGAGCCCUGAUCUUCCUCAUGGGCAAAAAGGGAGUCCAUGGAGGAGCCCUCAACAAGAAGGUGCAUGAGAUGAUUGCAAGCAUGAAAGCCCAGAAUAGCUAGAGCAAAGGACAUAGAUACUGCUGUCCU